AUACCACCAUUGCCCACAUCUCCCAACAAGGCCCUAUGAACAGACUGAGAAGCCAUGUCUCCUUUCUGAGUAUGCAGAAAAAUACCCACUUUACUCCAGUUUUCAACCCAGGGAAUCAUGUAAACCCAAAUCAGAAUAUAUUAAGCAGCCAGUGUCCAUGGAAGGCAUCUCAACUGCCAGGAGAGAUUACGUCCCUCAUGAAGUGAAACCUAUAAAACUGAGACCUCCAGACCAAUAUAUUAGGAAUAAUGAAAAUAUGGACACAUUGUCCACAUACAAGCAAGACUACAAUGCUUACCCUAUUAACCGGGUGGCUCCUUGUGUGCCCCAGGGACAAAACUAUGCCUCUGAUGAGAAGAUGACCACAAUACCUACAUACAAAG